CACACAGACGAUGUUGUUGCAUAGUUUGUCUGUAUUAUCUAGCUAAGAAACAAGAAAUCCGUAGCAAUAGGUUGUCUAAAAUGUUGUUACGUGAAUGUUGUGCAAUAUUUCUUCACAUUUCUUUAAAGUAAUAUUUGCGGUUAGCACUAUUAUUAUAACACCGCAGUGCUAUAAUAGUACGUCUAUUAUUAUAGCACUGCCAGCACAGAUCAAUUGACAGCCGCGCUUGUUUACCGCUGUGGCUUGAAUGAUGUCACGACUUAAUGUUUUUAUGAUUGCGGGAGUAAUGGGAUCCGUUAAUGGAAGAUGGACUGAUGCCAGCGCCGGUACCACUGCCUGCAACAGCCGGGCUGUUGAUAUUAAUGCAGUGCACAAAGAAUGUGUGGAAGCCAAACAUAUUGCCAUGUGGUGCCCCGAUCCAUCUGUGCCGAUACGCCCCCCGUCCGCCGAUUUUGUCAAAACUUUUCGAGGGACAAAAAACCCACGGGACCGUCUGAGUUCAAAUAGACCAGAAUAUCUGAUAACCAAAAAAUAUGUAGAGGGCAAAAACGGCCAGUGCGAGCUAACGCGGGACAUCGAACAAAAUAACGUAUCUAUCAGAGGGGCAUUCAUCGAGUUAAAAGAAGCUAACAAUGGAAUGUAUUGCUGUUAUGAUGCAGGAAAAGAUAAAUAUGGUAGCUGUUGGAAUAUUAAUGUUACAGCGGAGAGCUGCACCGAUAUCACGCCAGCGACCACAAAUCUUAUCCCACCAGCGCAGAGCUCCUACUUUACCGGCAUCACGAAGGUACCCACUAUUGCAACAACGGAAAAUCUGGGCGUUGAUAUGGACACUCAUAACGCCCGAAACGAUCUCUCAACACGAGAUAAUUUUCCAGCAACCACGGAUUCGGUCACUAAAGCAUCCGCAUUAACCGCAUGUGAAGAGCGCAUCGCGGAAUACGAAUGGCGCGCCAGAAAUCUAAAGACUGCGUUGGGCAUAGUUGUAGGGCUCGUACUCUUGGUGUUCGUGUUGGCCGCCAUAGCUUGGUUCUACAAGAAACGCCAACCUGAUGGAGUAACAAGCGAUACUACGAGUCCGAAUCAUACUACUUCGAAUCAAAAGGAAAAGAAAUACCAUACGAUUAAGGAUGCGAGCAGUACAAAACAAAGAUCUAGUAGCACUCCAGAAAGCCACGAGUUGAAGCAGCUUACGAGUAAGUAUCACACAAGGGAGCCGCCGAGAUGAUGUCAAGAAGCGCUACUGUCAGAUUCAGUAAAGCAUCAAAUGAGAGCAGCACUUUCAAACAAUCGCGGCCCAUCGAACCAAUCCCCAUCUUGAAAGAGUAAAAUUCCACGCACAAGCAAAAUUGGCAGCUUAGAAAAGAUCAGUUCCAGUAGUAUCUCGAAUAGUGUGAUAGAAUGCGGAAUAUUGAUUUUUUUAUUGUGUUCAAUAAUUUUAUUAUUUCCUUCUCUUCGCUUUCUCUGCAACAGGGCUUUGCAGUUUAUUUAAAUGACAAAUAUGACAGUCAAAAUUAUGACAAGAUUUUUUUCAUCUUCGGGACCUUUAAAUGUGUAACGGUGGUGGUGAACACUGGACAAUACCGAACAUUAAGUAACGGAAUUGUACCGAAGGA